UUUGCACGCGUUUAGAUUCACAGCAAAACAAGAUCAGUCAGAGAAUGUAAAGUCUCUGCUGUAGCACCAGCAACUAGCAUUUUAUUCUGUUUCCAGACCUUGUAGCGUGUGUGGCAUUCGUUGAUUUCAAUUAAAUAGCGCAAAGAUGGCGAAUAUUGCAAAACUUUUGGCUGGACGUGCCCAGCAUGUACUACAAGUGGCCGCAAAGCAGCCACAGUUGGCACCGCGUUUCUUCGCCUCUGCCGCCAACUUGGAGUAUAUCAAGCACGAAGUGACUGGUGAAAAGAAGAAUGUCGCCGUUAUCACAUUGAAUCGCCCCAAAGCGCUUAAUGCUCUGUGCAAUGGUCUAAUGUCGGAACUGAGUCAAGCACUCGACACUUAUGAACGUGACGCGAAUGUUGCCGCUAUUGUUAUCACUGGUAGCGAGAAAGCAUUUGCAGCUGGCGCUGAUAUUAAAGAAAUGCAAUCGAACACCUAUGCCGAUUGCAUUAUGGGUAACUUCCUUAAUGACUGGACACGUGUUGCACGCUGUCAGAAACCCAUUAUUGCCGCCGUGAAUGGUUAUGCCUUGGGUGGUGGCUGUGAACUGGCUAUGAUGUGCGACAUCAUUUAUGCUGGUGAAAAAGCGAAAUUCGGUCAGCCAGAAAUUGCUUUAGGCACUAUUCCCGGUGCUGGUGGCACUCAGCGUUUGACACGUGCUGUUGGUAAAUCAAAGGCUAUGGAAAUCUGUUUGACUGGCAAUAUGAUAACUGCUGUGGAGGCGGAGAAAAUGGGUUUGGUGAGCAAGGUAUUGCCCGCCGAUCAGUUGGUUAGCGAAGCUAUCAAAUUGGGUGAGAAGAUUGGCACACACUCCGGUUUGAUUGUGCAACUUUGCAAAGAGGCCGUAAAUACAGCAUACGAAACUACACUACAAGAAGGUUUGAAGUUCGAACGCAGAACCUUCCAUGCCACAUUCGCAACUGAGGACCGUAAGGAAGGCAUGACUGCUUUCGUUGAGAAGCGUCCAGCCAAAUUCAGUAAUCUUUAAACUUUAAGCAAAAAGAAAAGCAUUUGGUUCAUAUAUGGAAACUAAUGUCUGGAACUUYAUGCCAGUUUUGCAUUUAUAUGUUAUUUUAUCUUAAAUAU